UUAGAUUCUGCACUUGAGAAGGCUCAACUAGAAAUUGAGAAAUUGAAAGAAAAUUUGAUAAAGCUGAAAGAAAAUGAUUCGAUUGACUUACAGAAAGCAAACGACCAUAAUCAGAGACUGGAUGAGCAAAUUCUGGCUUUAAGAAAUCGGGUUCGAUCACUUGACUCAGAAAAAAAAGUGCUUGGAGAAGUGGUUGAGAGACUUAAAGGAGAGAUUAGUGAAUCUCAAAAGAAUAAGCAAGCUGGAAACCUCUCCCCUGGAAAAACGGUGGGUGCUGAACAGAGAGUACAGAUUUCCAUUUUAGAGUCUGAAUUAUCAGUAAUAUAGGAAGACAGAAGAGAAACCAGUAUGAAAGGUCAAGAGACAGUGAAAGUACAAGAUCUGAAUGAGAUAUUGAAAAUGAGCCAAGAAAAAAUUGAAAUAUUUGAAAGUGAGUUGUCAGAAGAGGGAGAAAGGAGAAAGCAAUUGACGUCUGAUUUUAAUACUGUACACAAGGCUUUGAAAGUUGACAGUGAGGAAUUGCAAAAAUCAAAGUCAGAACUUACAUGCCUGUAUAAUGAAAUUCAGAGUCUUCCAGGGGCAGCAGAAGACAGAGACCGUUUUUUAAUAGCAUAUGACCUGCUACAAAGAGAGAAUUCUGAAUUAAAAACAAAGGUCUUGAAGCUGUCACAAGAGUUCGAACAAUUAAAUCAUUUUACUGUAGGGAGAAAGACUACAGUUGAUAGUUUAAUUACAAGUGAAAAUAUCUGUAAAGAUCUGGUGUCUAAAGUACCAAUUUUGGAAGUAGAGAUUCAAAGCCCAAAGGAAGAGAGAGUGGAACUCUGUCCUGAACUAGGAGAAAGCAAGCAGAAGGAAAUACCAGAGGAGUCAGUAAAGGAGGACAAUUUUCCAAGAGAGGGGCAGAAGGAGGCGAACUCACAACAGAACCGAGAUAUGAAAGGUGAAGAACAGCAGUUGACCCUGAAGCCUGAGGAAGUUGUGAGGCUUAGAGAAGAGCUGAGCCGUAUAAAUCAGAGCCUCCUUCAGUCUCAGAGCUCUGGGGAUAGUUCAGAUGACACUAGCGCUCAGCAUCCAUCACCUGGAGAAAAACUGAAACACCAGCAGCAAGAGGAACUACAACAACUUCGCCAGAAUUUGCACCGGCUCCAGAUUCUAUGCAACUCAGCUGAAAAAGAGCUUCGAUAUGAGCGAGGAAAGAACUUGGACUUAAAGCAACAUAAUAGCUUACUUCAGGAAGAAAGCAUUAAGAUCAAAAUUGAACUAAAGCAGGCCCAGCAGAAGUUAUUAGACAGUGCAAAGAUGUGCUCAUCACUCACGGCAGAGUGGAAGCACUGUCAGCAGAAAAUCAGAGAACUGGAGCUGGAAGUACUUAACCAGGCUCAGUGCAUUAAAUCACAGAACAGCCUACAGGAAAAGCUGGCUCAGGAGAAAUCUAAAGUUGCUGAUGCAGAGGAAAAGAUCUUGGAUCUGCAGCAGAAAUUAAAACAUGCUCAUAAAGUCUGUCUCACAGACACUUGUAUUCUGGGGAAGAAGCAACUAGAGGAAAGGAUAAAAGAAGCCAUAGAAAAUGAAGCUAAAAUAAAGCACCAGUAUCAGGAGGAACAGCAGAAGAGGAAACUCCUAGAUCAGAUUAUAAGUGAGCUACAAAAGCAAGUGAAAAUCUUACAGGACAAAGAGAAUCAACUGGAAAUGACCAGUUCUCAGCAACAAAACAGAAUUCAGCAACAAGAGGCCCAACUUAAACAACUGGAAAAUGAAAACAGAAAAUCUGAUGAGCAUCUCAAGAGCAACUGGGAAUUGUCAGAGAAGCUGUCUGGGUUGCAGCAGGAGAAGGAAGCUCUGUGUGAAGAAUAUGGGCAAUUUUUGAAGCAGCUUGAUGUCCAUGUGAGAAACUAUAAUGAGAAACAUCACCACUACAGGACCAAGCUUCGCAGAGUCAAGGAUCGCUUAGUUCAUGAAGUAGAACUACGAGAUGAGAGAAUCAAAGGACUUGAAAAUGAAAUUGGAACACUGCAGCAGCAAGUGGAAACGGAGAAGGCAUUCCAGGACCAGAUCACUGCCCAAAAUAAUAUCCUGCUCCUAGAAAAUAGGAAGCUUCUGGAGGAACUCACAGAGCAAGAAGAAUUGAUCCACAGCAACAAAUGGAUAAUAUCUUCAGUCCAGAGCAGAGUACUUGUCCUGGAUAAAGAAAAUAAACAAUUACAGGAAAACAGUCUCCGGCUCACACAGCAGGUUGGCCUCUUAGAGCGCAUUAUAAGGAGCAUCCAGAUUCGCAGAGGAGAGGAAACGACAAUUAGUGACAUCCCUGAAUUUGAAGCAUUGAAUAAAAUCUUGCCGUUACCAAACUCCAGUUUAUCAGAAACAGGUUUGGUAGAGUCAGUUGGAAGUCUUCAAGAGACUGAAGAACAUAAGACAGAAGAAGCCAUGGCAAACCCCAACUCCCUUGAGUCUUUUUCGUGUUCACAGAAUUCCAAAGCUGGAUACGUAAAUGUGGCUUCUUUGAAAGAGACACAUUGCAUCCAAGAACAAGACCAAAAGUCAGAACUAUAAAAUCACUGAUGUCUAAAACUAGACCGAUCAAAACUGCUAACUUAAAGCUUGAGCGUGAAGGUGGAACAUGACAUGGAGAAGGGUUACCACAGAUCCCCAUUGGACAUCAACUAGGAGUCUUCAAAAUUGCUGAUAAAUUCAUUAAACCAGUUCUAAAAAUGGA